UGUGGGCUGUUUCCGGCGGAUUUGCCGGAAGUACAAUUUCUGGGGAGGUAUAGCGAGGCCUAGCAGGCGGUUUGAGGCAAGACCUUUGUUGUAGGAAUUGCUACUAAAGGGAGAGGCGAAGGAAGCAGGAAAGGCCUCUGCUCCGUUUCCUCCUUACUCUUCCGCGCAACCCUGCGAGGUAGGCCGGGCUGGAGGUCUUGUGGAAACACAGCCAGCUACAUAAAGCAGCUUGAAAUGGCCUUGCGUGGACGCAAUGUCAGAACUAAGUGAUGAAGCCAGUGAAUCCGAACUUAUGAAUCGCAGCUUGUCCAUGUGGCAUGGAGUGGGUCACAUGGUCUGCCACGAAGAGUUAGAUGUUCCAUUGGACCUUCACACAGCAGCCUCUAUAGGCCAGUAUGAGGUUGUAAAGGAAAGUAUUCAAAGCAAGGAGGUGGACCUGAAUCAGCGAAACCGUGGUGGCUGGACCCCACUCAUGUAUGCCUCUUAUAUUGGGCAUGAUACCAUUGUGCACCUGUUGCUAGAGGCAGGUGCGAAUGUUAAUGUACCUACACUAGAGGGGCAGACUCCACUCAUGCUGGCUGCUAGCUGUGGGAAUGAGAGUGUUGCUUCAUUUCUCCUUCAGCAAGGUGCCGAGCUGGAGAUGAGAGACAUCCAUGGUUGGACAGCCCUCUUUCACUGCACCAGUGCUGGCCACCAACAAAUGGUCAGGUUCUUAUUGGACAAUGGAGCUAAUGCCAACUGCAGGGAACCCCUUUGUGGAUAUACCCCUUUGAUGGAAGCAGCUGCUUCUGGCCACGAGAUCAUUGUACAGGACCUUCUUAAUCAUGGAGUGAGAGUGGAUGUGCGGGACAACAGUGGGGCCACCGCACGGACGCUGGCCAUGACGUAUGGGCACAUGAAGAUAGUGGGGCUGAUUGAUCUCCAUAUGGCUCCUGUGCCCAAGGUCCUCUGCAGGGGUCCAGGUAAAUAUGAAGAUUUGAGCUCAUCGGACGAGUCCUACUCUGCUCCUCAAAGACAGCGCCCUGUUCGCAAGUCCAAAGGCCCCAGUAUCCAUGAAGGACCAUAUGCCUUGGCCAAAAUAACAGGCGUCAAAAUUGGUGGGAAAAGCCCUCCAUGUCAUGAGCAGAUCCCUCUGGAAGGCUAUGUUACUUUUAACGACGAUGGGAGUGGUCUUGAAGGAGGCAGUCUCUGCUGCAGAGAUGUCACCUCCCCUAUUAACGAGCAUGAUGUGGAAAGCAGCAGCAGCCGAGAAGGCAGUUCUUUCACCAAUGACUUGACCACCAUUAGAAUCCAGAGCAGCAGCAGCAGCAGCGAAGCUUUGGCCAAUGCUGUGGGGAUCAGCAGCGAGGGCUCUUUGGAGAGCAAUGAGGAUUCAGACAAUGCAACAGAAGUCUCCAACCGAAGGCAUGUCAAGAGCUACACGAAGGCCAAAAAUCGUUAUAGUAAUAGUGAUAGCCACUGGUUUUGCAGAUCCCGGACCUCUAAUCGGUCCUUUAGUCCCUCCAAUCCAGAGGCGCCACCGUACACAGGGCCACAGGAUCUUGCCACCUUCCUAGAACAGAUUGGCUGUCUGAAAUAUCUGCAGGUAUUUGAGGAACAGGAUGUUGACCUUCGCAUCUUUCUAACUCUAACGGAGAGUGACCUGAAAGAGAUUGGCAUCACGCUAUUUGGACCAAAGAGGAAGAUGACUUCUGCCAUUGCUCGAUGGCACAGCAGUGCCAGGCCUCCCAGUGAUGCCCUUGAGUUGGCAUAUGCUGACCGUUUGGAGGCAGAAAUGCAGGAGUUGGCUAUUCAGCUCCAUAAGAAAUGCGAGGAGGUGGAAGCGCUGAAGGGACAGGUUUCCCAAGAGCAGGAGCUGCGCGCUGUGGUCGAGGGUUGUCUUAUGGAGCGAGAUGUGGCCUGGAGUGAUAUCCAGAGGAAACUUCAAGAGGUGCAGGCCGUCACCAGAAACGCUGGGAUUCUCCUGGAGCAAAUGCAGGUUUGUCAGGCUGAAAUGUCUUCCCGAAUGAAUCAGGACCAUAUUGCUGGCCGAUCUUUGGAGACUAAAGGGCGCCUGGGAGCUGGGUCAGAAGAAUGGCUUCCCACCUUGAAAGCUCUCAAUCUACCAGACCUGUCAGCUCUCUUGGAGGACUGUGUGGGAGAAAUGGGAAAAAUUCUUCAUUCUGUCAACCUAAAUCUCGAGAGGCUACAAAGUCCUGAUAAAGGCAAGUCGACCCAGAAGCAGCCCUAGCAGUGGAGGAAGGUCGUCUGACGUUGGGUGAUUUUUCCACCCGGAAGCUGUGUUUAGCCUGGGAGCGUGUGAGAGUGCGAGAGACCGACUGACACCGUGGGCUGUCUGCCACGAGAGCAAUCCGCCCCUGUCCUGGGGAACUCAGGUGUGCCGGUGUAUCAAACGGGGGCUGAAGACGCUGGGUGAUGCUGAGAUGCAGAGCGUGGAUCUGCAUUUGGCUCCAAAGCCAGGAGAGUUUGGAACAAAGUAGUGUCUUAAAGUGCAGAGGUUCAACACAGGCAACUUGAUGAUAGCAUCUCCUUCUUGCCAUGGAAGGUGUCUGGCCUUUAUUGGGAAUCAACCAGGUGCUUCCUGUUUCAGCAUCAGAUCCCACAUCUUUCCUUGUGUCAGUAUGAGGAAAGAUUGUAACUGUGGAGACUUGGGCUUAGGGACUUUAUCCCUUUUGAUUUCAUUUGUUAGAGAAGCAGUUGGCCUGGAGAUUACAGGAAUCCGGGGACUUCCUUGUGGUCUUUUCCAGAUGUGUUGGAGGUGAAUGUUCAGCUUCAGUGAGCAAUACAACCGAUUAUGGAGGGAAGCUAUGGAGGUUGUUCACAAAAACUCAUUCACCAACAAAAGCAGGCAAUAUCCCUUCUGAUUCACAUCACUUUAUCUUAGGAUUCCUGUCCCUUUUGUCUAUUAUGUCUCAGUGAUCCUUCAGUUAAUGCACUGUAUUUAGCAGGGGCCUCGUAGGGCUUGCAGAAGGGAGUCUUCUGGCAGACAACUUGGGUCAUCAUCCUCGCAAGCUGUGAUAUCCACAGAGAUAUAGAAUUGUUCUCCAUCUUACUGCCUUUCCUUAUGCUACCAGUGGGUUAGCUGUCACGUUUCUCUGCCAGGACAGCGAGCUCCACCAAUCAAAGGUGUCAGUCUGCUUUUGUUCUUAUGAGAUCAUUAUCAUAAGGCAUGGAAGACGCGAGACCUCCUGAACAUUUCUGAAUGCAAACCUGGAGGUACAAACUGAUUUCUGGGACCUAGAGUUGAAAGUCUGUGUGGCCUAUCCAGCUGAGAGGGUGUUAUGCCUUGUAAAAUUUAAAUUGUCUUUUUUUUUUGGCUUGAAGUGAGAAGGUUGCAAAGCCUCUUCCUUUGUAUUGCACAUGUUAAGCCUAGAUUCUCAAAGAUAUGAUCACAUACUUCAAACAUUGUGUGGUUGUAAAUUGCAUUUUGUGAAAUAUCCCUCCUUGUGAUUAAUAGGUAUCUUACCUUAUAGAUGUCAAGAUAGGAUAUGAAUAUUUCAAAUAGAAAAUAAAAUAAGCUUGGGGCUGAAUUGCAUUGCUUCCCAUUGGAAAAUGAAGGACUGAAUGUCCCUCCAUGGGAAAGAUCGUUUUUCUGUUUGUUGUAUCAGCCUCUUGCACUUGAUGACCUCUGAAUGUUUUGUUUUUACCCCUCUCUGAGUUGAGAUUUAAAAUUUCUGGAGAUUAGGGUGAAAACUCUGUUAAUCAUUGGGACCAAGGUUCUACAUCGACUAGUUUUUAAAGUCUAGAGAACUGUGCUUUUUUAAAAAAAAACAUGGGAACAUUCAAUCCUUGGAAAGCUCAGACAAAGGACCACUUCUUUAUUUGCAGAUUGUGUUUGUUUGUUUGAAAAAAGAUGUGAUCAUUUUUAUAAACUUCUAUUAAUGUUUUUAAAGAGAAAACCUGGGUUAUUUUAAAGCCCAUGGUGCUGUAGCAGAUCCUGGAACUACUACACACAUCAUUGUCAAGCUGGCUAGUGUUGGUGGCAACGGUCAUAGUGUAAGAUAUGUGGAGAAGCUCAGGUCGAGGAAGGCAGAUACGUCUACAUGUCCAACCCAAAGUUUUGCUGGAGCAGGUGAUCUUAACACUCCCCUCUAAGGGCUGUUUCCUCUGCUUUGGGGUGUUUGUAGACAAAGUGGCUUACCUGCACAUGGUUCCUGCUGCUGAACACUGGGCUGUAGGGAGACAUUUCCCCUUUGUUGCUGCGAACCCAUUACCUUUCGUGACCAGAUUUUAAUGUGUUUUGCUUUGUGAAUAAACCACCUUGACUCAUAA